AUGUCCUCCUACGGCAAACUCGACGAGCAUGAGCAAGCGAAACUAGAGGCAAGUCGGAGGAGAAAGAAGAGAAUCGCCAUUAUCGCUAUAUCUUCCAUCGUUCUUGUCUGCAUAGUCGUUGGAGCCGUUGUCGGAACCUCAGCUCACGGUAACGGCAAGAAAUUGCCGUCCACCGUGAGUGACGGAGAUGGAGACAUCUCUGUCUCGGUGAAAGCCGUGUGCGACGUGACAUUGCACAGAGAAAAAUGUUUUGAGACCGUUGGAUCGGCUCCAAACGCAAGCCGGUUAAACCCUGAAGAGCUUUUCGAGUACGCCGUCAAAAUCACAAUCACCGAGCUCACAAAAGUCCUCACCGGAUUCUCCACCAGCGAACACAUGGAUAACGCCACGUCAGCUGCAAUGGGGGCUUGCGUUGAGCUUAUCGGUUUAGCGGUUGACCAAUUAAACUCAACGAUGACGUCAAAGAAUAUCGAUGAUCUCAGGACGUGGCUUAGCUCCGUGGAAACGUACCAAGAAACGUGCAUGGAAGCGUUGAUCGAAGCGAACAAUGCAAGUUUGACGACUUUCGGAGAAACUCAUUUGAAAAACUCUACGGAGAUGACUAGCAACGCGUUAGCAAUCAUAACGUGGCUAGGAAAAAUCGUGGACUCGGUCAAGUUGAGACGACGUUUGUUGGCGACUACCGCAGAUUUGCCAAUGAUGGAUGGUCGGAAACUAUUGGAGAGUAGUGGGUUGAAGAAGAUAGCGAACAUCGUGGUGGCAAAAGAUGGAUCGGGGAAGUAUAGGACGAUAAGUGAGGCUUUGAUGGAAGUGAAGGAGAAGAAUGAGAAGCGUACGAUUAUAUAUGUGAAGAAAGGAGUUUAUUUGGAGAAUGUUAGAGUUGAGAAGACGAAAUGGAAUGUUGUGAUGGUUGGAGAUGGACAAAGUAAGACUAUUGUCUCUGCUGGACUUAACUUCAUCGAUGGAACUCCAACGUUCCACACCGCCACAUUUGCUGUGUUUGGAAAAGGGUUCAUGGCCAGGGACAUGGGCUUCCACAACACCGCUGGUCCAGCCAAGCAUCAAGCCGUAGCUCUAAUGGCGAGUGCAGACUUCGCCGUGUUCUAUAAAUGCACCAUGGAUGCUUUCCAAGACACGCUCUACGCGCAUGCACAACGUCAGUUUUAUCGCGAUUGUGACAUCCUUGGAACGGUUGAUUUUAUAUUCGGAAACGCUGCUGUUGUCUUCCAAAAUUGCAACAUCUUGCCUCGUCGUCCUAUGAAAGGCCAGCAAAACACCAUAACCGCUCAGGGAAAGAAAGAUCCGAACCAAAACACAGGAAUUUCUAUCCACAAUUGUCAAAUCUUGCCUUUGGACAACCUAACCGGUAUCAAAACGUUCCUUGGCCGGCCUUGGAAGGAAUUCUCCACAACUGUGAUCAUGAAGUCGUUCAUGGACGGGUUCAUCGACCCUAAAGGGUGGUUACCGUGGACAGGAGACACUGCACCGGACACAAUCUUUUACGCGGAGCACUUGAAUUCGGGGCCAGGAGCCUCGACAAAGGACCGGGUUAAGUGGAGAGGGUUGAGGACGUUUUUAACAAAGAAUGUAGCCAAUAAGUUUACAGUGAAGCCUUUUAUCGAUGGCAAUAAGUGGUUGCCCACGACCAAAGUUCCGUUCAAAUCUGAUCUUUGA